AUGCCUGAUUCUACGCUGGUUAUUCCAUUAGAGUCGAAUCCUCAAAUCUUUACAGAUUUAGCACAUAAACUAGGCGUUUCACCAAUCUUACAAUUCCACGACGUGUACUCACUAACUGACCCAGACUUGCUUGCAUUUCUACCCCACCCAAUAUUUGGAGUCAUUUUGCUAUUCCCUAUAACUCCUGCUAAUGAAGCAAAUAGAAUAGAGGCAGACCAGCGAACAGAACCUUAUUUGAAUGAUAACUCUAAGAUCCAUUGGUUUAAACAGACUAUAAGAAACGGGUGUGGGUUGUAUGCGUUGUUGCACAUUCUCACGAAUUUACCGCCUGACUUGAACAUUUCCAAUCUGAAAAUUAGCGAUUUAGUAACGAAAUUGAACACCAAGAACAAAUCCAUUGGUGAAACAAGCUUAUUAAUAGAGGAAUUGGAGAGAGGUAUUCAAUUAGAUGAAAACUAUGGAUCCCGUGGUCAAACCGAGGCUCCUAACGCGACAGAUGACAUCAAUUUACAUUUCAUUAGUUUCAUAAAAGGUAGAGAUAAUCACUUGUAUGAGUUGGAUGGAAGAAGAAAUGGCCCUGUUGAUUUGGGAGAGGUUGGUGAUUCGGGUAAGGAGAAUUUGAUACAUGAACCGAAACUAGUUGAAAAGAUACAGUCUUAUAUUGACAAUACUGAUGAGGAAAAUAGGCACAAUUUUGCAGUUAUGGCAAUAGGCCCUACGCUAGACUAA